UAUAUACAUGCAGUUGUUUACAUUCAUUCAUCGCUAUUUAUUUCUCCAUUUUUUUGUUCCCAGCCAUUUUCAAACUUUUAAAUUAUUAAUUUGAAUUAUUGAAUAAGUGUCCUCUGCUCAACACAUAUCCAUUAUGGCAUCAGCAGUGAAUGAAAAAGAAGAUCCACUGAAACGACGAAUGGUUCCACGGGGUCUACAGAAAUUGAUCGAGCAAUGUCUGAAAAUUUAUCCCGAUCAAACAAACCCUCUCCAGGUUACAACUGUACUGAAAUACUGGCUUGGCGGUCAGGAUCCUUUGGACUAUAUUAGUAUGUAUCAUAAUCCAGGCGAUUCGGAUCAGAACAUUCCACCACAUUGGCACUAUAUAAGUUUUGGUCUUUCUGAUCUUCAUGGUGAUGGAAGGGUACAUCUGCCGGAUACCGUUGGUGGGAUUGAGCCUCGAUCCGGAAUGGGUUUCGAGCUUACCUUUAGACUUGUGAAAUCAUCGGAUAGUGCCGAAGAAAGGCCCCCAACCUGGCCAGCGAAUCUUCUACAAGCAUUGGCAAAAUAUGUAUUUCAAUCGGGUAAUAGGUUGUGCUCUGGGGAUAACAUCCCCUGGCGUAGAUCACUGGAUGGUAAGACGUCCAGCAUUCAGCAUAUGUUGAUUUCUGAAGAUCCGCAGAUGUCACGAACAGAAACACCUUUCGGUUGGGUUGACUUUUUGCAAAUCGUCGGGGUGACCAGUGAAGAACUGGAACAAGCUUCCCGCUGGAAUGGAAAAGGUAUUCUGAAUCUACUUCAAAAAGAUGUAACCACAGGAGGUACUUGGCUCAUCACUAAUAUGGCUCGAUCGAAAAGCGUGUUUGAGUUGUUUCCCGAUACACUCCGACAGUUGGAAAUUGAUUUGGAAAGGGAAGGAUCCGAUUUGGCUGGUGUGAAUGCUGAUUUCACGUUCAAAGAGCUGCCUAAGAUGGCCACAGUUAAAAAAGAGAUUAUCGAUCCGGAAGAAGAGAUCACUAGAAGCAUUUCCUCGUGCAACAUUGAAAUCAAAAAGGAAUUCAAUGACGGGCUGGAACAUUCCGGAUCGUCAGACAUGGUUAAUCCGUUUCAUUAUUCGCAAGUUCCGUCCCGAGUUUCCCCGCUGAAUGGAAUAGAAUUAACGCUGGCACCGUAUGCCGCGAAAUUCCUUGUUCUUGCCAUUAAAGAUCGGAUACGUCAUGGGCGUCACUUUACAUUUAAGGCACAAAAUAUGGCUGUAACAUUCGUGGCCGAAUCGGUCACUGGAGCUAUGGUGAACAAGGAAACUCCCUAUGGAGUGUUGGGAUAUUGGGUUCAAAUUCUGAUACCCAACUCGUUGAUCGGCAAAAUGUUGGACACGUUCAGCGAUCUGACCAAAAGUUCCGACAACUUAAAAAUUCCUCUGACGUACGAGUGGCCCGAGCAUAACUUAAAAUUCAUCAUCGACAACCCUCCGCCGGAAUUGCUCAACCAGCAAGGACCCAUUUUGGCUUGAAAAAUACUCCUCCUAGAAUACGUAACAAAUGGAAAUGUAUGCAGAAUGUCAGGCAAGCUUCUGAACUGAAAGUAUGAGAAAGCAAGAAUUUACAUUUUUAUUUGUUCGGUACACUAAAACAAAAUUCGUCAUAUGAUUAUUUUAUGUUGAUCGACUAAUGACAUCUAACCUAGUAUCUAUUGAUUCAUUAGAUAGAAAAAUAGCAGACAUACAUUUUAUUUUCGAACAAGAUUUUCUUGUCCGCAAGCAUUUCGGUUUCCAUAAUCAUGAAAUCUCAGAACUAACGAGCAUUUAGCUUUUACAAUUAGAAUAUUUAAAUGUAUGGUGUAUAUGUGCCUUGUAA